AACAGCUGAUUGCAGUGCGCGGCGUGAGGUUACGUCGGUCUUUUCUUGUUACGAAAAUUGAAAUUACAAAUUUUUGUAUUAAAUACAACAUAAAUAAAUACAAUGUCAAAUAGCCAUCUGUUUCUUAAGUCUGGUUUUCCUCGUGCUCCCCUUCAAAAUGGAUUGGGACGCUAUGUUUGCCAGCUGCAGCGCAUCACAUUGAAAUUCUGCAAGAACAACGGCUCCAGUCGAGGCAUGCGUGAUUUUAUUGAAAACCAUCUGGUUGACUUUGCCAAAGAGAACCCAGGAAUUGUUGUCUAUGUAAAACCGCGUCGCCAUCGUACGCCUGUUUUAGUGGCUGAAUACUUGAAUGGAGAACGUGAGUGGCUGAAUUGCCGUAACAACAGCCAGUCUGAAAUAUCCAAGUGGAUUGACCUCCUCAAGACACAGAACGGCAGCUCAAGUUCGUUGCGCCUGCGUAAAAUGUGGCACACAGAUGUACCAUCCAUUCAAGGACCUUGGACACCGUUUCUGCUGCGUUCGCCCGAGGCGCAGAAUCAGACAUAUCCCAGUCGAGAAAUUUCCACUCCACUCGAUGUGCCACAGUCGGCGACUGAGAAGCUCAUUGAACUGUUCAAACAACAAAAACUGGAGGCUGCUGGCGAAGGAGGCGUCGAUGGGGUCUUGGAGCAAAAACGCGCUGAAUAAGAUUGUUAAGCAUUAAUGAGUUGAGAUAAUAAUAAUAAGAGUUUUAGUUGAGUUUUGUAAUUAUAAUUUGUUGCUUUUUUUGUAUUAUAAGAAAGUCAACAUAAAUUUGUUUUCUAAACAAUAAUAAAUACAUGUUUUAAAAACCUAAA